AUGGAUCACUCCGGCCACGACCACAGCGCCCACAUGGACCACUCUGGCCAUGAUAUGAGCGCCGCCGGUGACAUGCACUCCGGUCAUCCUGGAAUGGGAGGACCGCCUCGGUGUAGCAUGAACAUGCUCUUCACCUGGAACACGGAUAACCUCUGCAUCGUCUUCCGCCAAUGGCGCAUCGACUCAACCUUCACCCUCGUGGUCUCGCUUCUCGCCAUCGUCGCCCUGGCGGCUGGCUACGAGGCGCUCCGCGAGGGUAUCAGGCAGUACGAAGCUUGGACUAACAAGAGGGUGGAGACUGCGCCUCGGCAAAAUGCGGCCGAAGUCACCAAGCGGGCCCACGCCAUCAAGUCGGUUCUGUACGGAAUCCAGAACUUUUAUGCUUUUAUGAUCAUGCUCAUCUUCAUGACGUACAAUGGCUGGGUCAUGAUGGCCUGUUCUGUUGGAGCUGCGCUGGGGUACUUCAUCUUCGGGUCCCGUACCACUGCUACCAAGGAUACUGCUUGCCAUUAG